AAGUUUUUGACAGUUUCUUAGCGGCGGAGGAAGAAGCCGACUGUGGUGUGCCGGCGCUGGGCCGGGGCCGCGGCGCUCCCCGGCGGACCAAGCUCUUCGAAGAGACCGCCUCCCCGCCGGCACCAUGUCUCGGGACCCCGAGGAAAUUAACAAGCUGACCGAGAACACCUACAAAAAUGUUAUGGAACAGUUCAAUCCAGGACUGAGGAAUUUAAUAAAUCUGGGGAAGAGUUAUGAAAAAGCUGUUAAUGCUAUGGUAGUGGCUGGAAGAGCGUAUUAUGAUAACCUUGCAAAGAUUGGGGACAUAUCAGCUGAUUCUCCAGUUUCUAAAGAAUUGGGCCAAGUUCUGGUAGAAAUUUCAAGAACACACAAGAAACUUAAUGACAGUCUAGAGGAGAGUUUCAAAGAAUUUCAUAAAGAAAUUAUAUCUGAACUGCAGAAGAAAACAGAUCUGGAUGUAAAAUACAUGAAUGCAACUUUAAAGCGGUACCAAACUGAGCACAGAAGCAAGUUAGAUUCUUUAGAGAAGUCUCAAGCUGAGCUGAAAAAAAUCAGAAGGAAAAGCCAAGGAGCACGAAACGUAGUGAAAUAUGAGCAUAAAGAAAUGGAGUAUUUGGAAACUGUGACCUCUCGGCAGAGCGAUAUCCAGAGAUUUAUUGCAGACGGCUGCAGAGAUGCUCUCCUUGAAGAAAAAAGAAGAUUCUGUUUUCUGGUUGAUAAGCACUGCAGCUUUACACAGCACAUGCACUUCUAUCACAUUCAGUGUGCUGAAUUCCUAAAAUCCAAGCUGCCCGAGUGGCAGAAAAUCUGUAGUGAUGCCACCAAAGUGCCUGAAAAAGUCCGAAUGAUGAUCAACGAACUAAGGACACCCGGUUCCACCCCAGUAUCAGGAACCCCACAGCCUUCACCAAUGAUAGAGAGAAAUACCAUGAUUGGAAGUGAUUUCUAUCCUCAUCAUGAGAAUGCAUCAAGUGUGCCCCCAGCUCCUAUGGGCAGGGCAUACACGAGUCCACUGGUUGACAUGUUCAACAAUCCUGCAACGACUCCAAAGACUUCUGAAAAACUCAAUCACUCAGCAGAGAAUUCAGAUGAUGCCAGUUUAUCACGUUCAACUUCUGUUGCCACGGGACUAAAUAUAAUGAAGAGGCAAAAAGUAAAGACAAUCUUCCCACAUACUGCUGGAAGUAACAAGACGUUGCUCAGCUUUGCUCAGGGGGAUGUCAUCACGCUGCUUGUAGCUGAAGAAAAGGAUGGAUGGCUCUAUGGGGAACAUGACACAACUAAAGUAAAAGGAUGGUUUCCAUCAUCGUACACGAGACCACUGGAAGAACCAGCAGCAGAUAAAGCAUUUGUCCCAGUGCCAAGCCCUGCACCAAUCCGAAGUAUGAGUUCUGUAAAUCUUGUGGAAAAAGGUGACGUUGUCCUCCCACCACCAGACUAUCUGGGGUCUUUAGAAACAGAUAAAAGAAUGGAGCCUGCCAAAGGUACCACUGUUAAAACACCAACCGACAGACCAGAAACUGCAGCUCCGAAACCUGAUCUGAAUGGCAUUGUAAAACCACCUUUUCUAAGCGGAGAAAAUCCCUUUGCAACUGUGAAACUCAGACCAACAGUAACAAAUGACAGAUCAGCACCAAUUAUUCGAUGAAUAUAACAUUCCACACUCAUGUACUUCCUCCUUAUAAACACCAUUUUCAGUAAUGACAACUACUCUCUAAACUUGUUCUAAAAAAUGAUGUAAUUGUAAUUACUGUACAAUAGAUUCAUCCUGGAAUGGAUUGCUGAUGAUUUUUUUUAAAACCUAUACUUUCUAAGGAGGUAAUUUGCUUUGGGCUAAUGUUUGAGCAUUUUGGCUUGAUUCUACAGUAUGCCUCUUGUUGUAGUAGGAAUUGUGAAAAUACUGGAGCUAGUUUGGCUACUUUGGCAGACCAGCCUAUCUCAUAGCUCACCAAUCUGAAUAUUUGGCAUUCAUGAUUUGGAAACUGCAAUGGUAAGUUCUAGAAUAUAGUAAGCCUCCAUCUGCCACUUAGGAAAUAAGUAAAAGAUGAUUUUCAGAUAGAACAAUGUAACAACUGCCUUAUUUCAGAAUAGAGAAUUGCCUGUAUAAAGUGAUGAUACAUUAUUUUGUUUAAGAAAGAUAUCCUAGGUUAUAAAUAAAUAAUUAUCCUUUAAGAAUAGACAAUUUGCAAUGCUUUCCUUAAUGUUCAGAUAAAAUCUACACUGUUAACAUAAACCUAUUUUAGAUCUAAUGUACUGUCCACAUUCUUCAGUUAUAACUUUCUUUAAAACAUGUUGUCAAACUUUAGUCUUAUAAAAAGUCAUAAUAAAC